UCCCGCGCUGAAGCGAAGUCGAGAAUUUUGACCUUCCACUGUUUCCGUAGUCCCGAGUUGCGGUUUCCGAGUUAGUGCUUCCGGGCUGCAGCCGGGGCAUCGUCCGCGGGGGUGCAAGCGGAACCAAAGCCCGGAGGUUUCAGCCUGGGCAGAAUGGCCGUAUUCCGGUCUGGCCUCCUUGUGCUGACGACGCCGCUGGCCUCCCUGGCCCCUCGCCUGGCCCCCAUCCUGACCUCGGCGGCCCGGCUGGUGAAUGACACACUCUAUGUACACCUGCAGCCGGGCAUGAGCUUGGAGGGCCCGGCUCAGCCGCAGUCCACCCCCGUGCAGGCCACGUUUGAGGUUCUCGAUUUCAUCACGCACCUCUAUACCGGCGCCGACGUCCACAGGCACCUGGACGUCAGAAUCCUACUGACCAAUAUCCGGACCAAGAGCACCUUUCUCCCUCCCUUGCCCACCUCAGUUCAGAAUCUCGCCCACCCGCCAGAAGUCGUGUUGACAGACUUCCAGACCGUGGAUGGAAGCCAGUACAACCCGGUCAAGGAGCAGCUAGUGCGUUAUGCCACCAGCUGUUACAGCUGUUGUCCGCGACUGGCCUCGGUGCUGCUGUACCCCGAUUAUGGGACAGGAGAAGUGCCCGUGGAGCCCCUGGAUGUCCCUUUACCCUCCACGAUCAGGCCAGCUUCCCCCGUGGCCAGGUCUCCAAAGCAGCCGGUGCGUGGCUACUACCGUGGCGCUGUGGGUGGCACGUUUGACCGCCUGCACAAUGCCCACAAGGUGUUGCUCAGUGUCGCGUGCGUCCUGGCCCAGGAGCAGCUUGUGGUGGGAGUAGCAGACAAAGAUCUGUUGAAGAGUAAGUUGCUCCCUGAGCUGCUCCAGCCUUACACAGAACGCGUGGAACAUCUGAGUGAGUUCCUGGUGGAUGUCAAGCCCUCCUUGACUUUCGAUGUCAUCCCCCUGCUGGACCCCUAUGGGCCCGCUGGCUCUGACCCCUCCCUGGAGUUCCUGGUGGUCAGCGAGGAGACGUAUCGUGGGGGGAUGGCCGUCAACCGCUUCCGCCUGGAGAAUGUAACCCCUGAGGGAGACUGGCAGAAGGAGUGGAUGGGGGGCGGGGAAGGACAUUUUGGGGGACUGUCGGGGCUAGAGGAGAGAAGUGGGGGCUUAGGAUGGUGGGAAGAAGCAAGGAGGAGCUGGUUCUCAUCUUGCCCGCAAGGUUGGAGGAGGAGCCUGGGUAGGAAGGGGAGGAUAAGGGGGCAGGUUGGGUGUCAGGGUCUUCCUCUCACUCCCUCCUUCCCUCUUUUCGCUCUUUCCUCUUUACCCCAGGACCUGGAGGAGCUUGCCUUGUACCAGAUCCAGCUGCUGAAGGACCUAAGACAUAUGGAGAAUGAAGAGGACAAAGUCAGCUCCUCCAGCUUCCGUCAGCGAAUGCUGGGAAACCUGCUUCAGCCUCCAUAUGAGAGGCCAGAGCUCCCCCCGAGUCUCUAUGUGAUUGGGCUGACUGGCAUCAGUGGCUCUGGGAAAAGCUCAAUAGCUCAGCGGCUGAAAGGCCUGGGGGCGUUUAUCAUUGACAGUGACCACCUGGGUCAUCGGGCCUAUGCCCCAGGUGGUCCUGCCUACCAGCCCGUGGUGAAGGCCUUUGGAACAGAUAUUCUCCAUAAAGAUGGCACCAUCAACAGGAAGGUCCUAGGCAGCCGGGUGUUUGGGAACAAGAAGCAGCUGAAGAUCCUUACGGACAUUAUGUGGCCAAUUAUCGCAAAGCUGGCCCGAGAGGAGAUGGAUCGGGCUGUGACUGAGGGAAAGCGUGUGUGCGUGAUUGAUGCUGCUAUGCUGCUUGAAGCCGGCUGGCAGAACCUGGUCCAUGAGGUGUGGACUGUUGUCAUCCCUGAGACUGAGGCUGUAAGACGCAUUGUGGAGAGGGAUGGCCUGAGUGAUGCCGCGGCUCAAAGCCGGCUGCAGAGCCAGAUGAGCGGGCAGCAGCUUGUGGAACAGAGCCACGUGGUGCUCAGCACCCUGUGGGAGCCGCAUAUUACCCAGCGCCAGGUGGAGAAAGCCUGGGCCCUUCUGCAGAAGCGCCUUCCCAAGACUCAUCAGGCCCUCAACUGAAAAGGGGUUCUCAGUGGGGCCAGACUGGCCCCUGGAGCUGACAAGCGACUGGGCAGUCAGGAGAAAUGGGGGCCUUGAUGCUCACCCUGGUUCAGGCCCAGAGGUCAAAGCUACGCUGUGCGGCACAUGGCCAAGCCUGGUGGACACAGGAGGCCUACCCAGCACACUGGUACCUGGCCAACACUGAGGAUGUGGUUUGUGGGGGAAGCAGGCCCCUCCCCACUCUUGCCUAUGGGUGUCUGUGAUACCCACAGCUGACUAGGGUUGGGGCAAGUACUGGAACCUGUAAUAGAAAUAAAGUGUAUGUUCCCA